CUUAAAUAUCGUAUCAAAUUGGCACAGCACCUUCUUUAUGGCGCGUGGUUAAGAGGCACGUACUAAACGAAUAAAAAAAGUAGUAAACGAUUCUCAGUGCCCCCCUCCUCGGUUUGACCAAUCACGAAGCUCCCGAUCCUGUCGUUCAGAGCCCAUGGCCCGCCUUCUUGUGCGGCUGCCUAGAAAACCAGGAGAACAGGACUUAAUCACCAUUUCUGUGGAUUGGGUUGGAAAGCGGGCAUGCGCGGUGCAGCCGCUUCUAACCUCAUCCCUUCCUAUGGAGGGCUUUAGAGAAGUUGCUUUUCCGUUUACCAAAACUUUUACCUCUCUACCAUUCUAAGGAAAUUACGGUUAUGGUUAUUUUAAAGUGUAUCCCGCAUUGUAAAAGCCACCUUUGCUUUCAAACCUGUCUUCUCUAUAAUCUUCCCCAAUCAAAGAUUUCGAAGAAUCUUUCCAUCCUUGAGGGUCCGUUGCCAAGAAACGCUACCAUAGAAAUGUCCCCCUUUAUUUUUUCCAAUCACUUCCGCUAUCGAGCUGUGGGGGUAACCGUGAUUCAUCACCUGCCAAUCAUUCCCAGCAGUCCCUGGCUCUAAAGAGCCAGUCUUUGCCGCGGUUGUUGUUGUUUUGGACUCUUUCUUGAAAGCCGCGAGAUCAAGAGCGGAGGCCAUGUUUCUUUUGGGCAGACUCCUCGCGAUACCCAGGCUCGUCGGCCGGUGUUUCGCCGCCAUCUUAAGUUCUGGCAGUGGCUUCAAGCCCACAGCGCGGCUGCGCAGACCGUGCUGGUUCGGGCGGUGGCAGCGGUCCCUGUCGCGUGGGGGACCCUGGGCAGAGAAAGUUACCCGAAGCUGAGCCUCCAGAGCUUCUGAAGGUUGUUUCAGAGCCUGCUGCCUCUUUACUCUGAGUUCCCAAAGCCAGACCCUACUUCUCGAGUGACCCUGGACAGUAACAAAACCAAUAAAAGCCCGAGCCCAAACCCUGCCACCAUCAUAGAAGCUGUUUUUUGGGGUGGUUGGAUGUUGGAGGAGCUUCUCUGACCCAUCAUAAUUGAGAGCCAUCUUUGUUUUUGUCUGUAAUUACUUUGGAAUCAGUAAGCCAUGGCGUCAAAGAAAUUUGCUAUUAAAUGCAGGGAUUUUGCUGUCCUGGUGGAUCUUCACAUCUCACCGCAAGGAUCAAACAAAGACACCAGCUGGUUUUCUGAACAGAACAAAGAGGAAAUCUGUUUACUGUUAAAAGAAACCAUUAAUUCAAGAGUUAAAGAGUACUUGGAAGUGCGUAAACAGCACAGGCCGUCAAAUACAGAAUUCACAAGAUCCAGUCCCUUGUCCUUAAAAGGUUAUGGCUUUCAAAUCUCAGCCUAUUUCCUCAAGAGAGGGAUACGCCUUCGCUGCUUUGGGGGUUCACAGAGUCCUGAACUUCGUGUAUUCCCUGAUAGAUUUGUGGUCUGUGUAAGUCAGCUUGCAUUCAGCUGUGAUCUUUCAAGGCAGAAUGAAGAAUUGACGGGAAGAGCUCUCCAUGGAGUGUCUGGUUAUUUUGCUGAGUGUGCAGAGGGUCCACUUCCUCCCAGUGCAAAGCGCAAGAGAAGAGCUCUGAAAGAAAUCAUGAAAAGAGCUGAAACAAAAAGCAGCAUCAUGAGCAAAUCACAGGGCAGCAGGGACAUUGUGGGAACAUCAAGUGACUCAGUGGUUGCAGAGAUGGCAGUGAGAAGAGGUGACAGCCAGGCUUCCUCCAGUGCCUCUCCGGAGUCCUCGGGGCAAGCAAAGGAUUGCACACAGGCAGCUGAGAGCCACUGGGGGCUCUCUGUUCAAAAGCUGGAACAUGUUCCUCAGACCCAGCCAGAGGACACCGGCAGCCAGCACAAACCUCAUCCUGGGGCGUGGUUACAGACAGGGCUUCGAAGUGGGAGCGCUGUCUGGAGCUGUGAGUCAGCAGCACCGGGUCCAAAACAAAGUCCACGAGGGGCCCGAGCACAGCAGAAACGCAGGCCCCGCGGCUCUGCGCAGGGCUCCGUCCACAGCAAGAGAGUUUCUCUUGGAAGUGAUCGAUUCCUCCCGCGAGAAAUGAGAGCGGGAACAAGCCAGGCUGUCGGGGUUUUGCCAACAUCAGAGCUGUCAGAUCCGGGGUUACUUUUGAAAGAGGAUUUGGCAAAAGCCAUGUCUAAUGAAGAGUUGCAUGUUUUGGAAAAUCUCUCCUCCAGACAUCUUAUGAAAAGUGAGCCAGGGAAGGCCGACCAAACCGGCUCAACCACCAACACUGAAAGAUUAGCUACAAUCCAGGGCAGCCCAGGCAAAAAAAGGAAGAAGUCCGAAAGAGGCCACUGACUUACUAAAGAGGAUUGCACAGUUGUGGUUGAGGGAUAUAGUGGCCAAACCUGCGAAAAAUGAGAAGUAUGUGUAGAUGCUGUGAUUUCAAAGGAAUUAGAAUGACUUUUU